AUGCUCAAUCUCUUUUCAAAAUCAACUGGCCGACACUAUUCCAAUAAAUUCGAGUACUCCAGCAAUCCACGACGACUGUCCGUUACGCCAAGCGGGAAGACAUUUCGCAGACACACAUACGAGGGUGGCAGCGCCUGUGCGGAUGCCAGCGGUACCUCCAUCACGUCCAAGGGAUUAGAUCGUCUAAGUUCUUUCCUGGGUAUUAAGAGAAAGGAGUCGUUUCAGCCCGAGUACUUUGAAUUACUCGAGAAGCAUGAGGCCUUGGAGAGGGAAUUGCGAGAAAUCUGGGGCCUUAUUGAGUACCUCCAGCGGGUGUAUGAGUUCUCCAAGACCCUAGACCCUGUGACACGCUACCGUCGACUGAAGGCAUCUGUAAAACGAACCAGCAUGUUUCUACAGGUCUUCGCAAUCCAGUCGAGUCUUGCGGACGACCUGGGAGUAUACUACACUAGCGUUUGCACAGGGGAGUACGACCGCAGCUUCCAGAACGCCAUUCAACAGGGCUCCGUCGUCGGCAGCUCGGCCAAGGAGGCCGAGGCAUUCAGACAAAGGGAAGAGGCCUUUAGUCGUACGUCUUAUGACUCAAAAUUUGCUAAUUAUGCCGGGCAGCUAGUCCACAAUGGCGUUGGCGACUUGGUAAGUCACGUGAUCGUCUAUCGUCAGGUCAGCGAGACCCCACAUCCACUAGUGGCGUUCAGCUCCUUCCCAGUUCACGCAUUCCCCAAGGCUGUGCAAACCUCCCAACCGACAUUCACCGCCUACUGGUGGUGACUUGAACUCCAUGAGGUGAUCAACAACAUAAGUUAUUUGAAGGAGGACAUUGAAAUUCUUAAGAUGAAGAACAAACUCCUGUUAGCGGAGCUCACAGGCCUCUGUGAUAGACUGGCGGGCAUUCGCCAAGUCAAUCCCCUCUACAGAUACUUCUUCCUCAAACGCCUGAUUCGUACAGUCAUUUACGGUGACGCAAUACAGGGACUUGUGUAA